AUGCCUCUGGAUACUUCAACAACAUAUCCGCUUACCCGGCUGCGCCUCGACGGCCGUCGUUGGAACGAGCUCCGUCUUCUCCAAGCCCAGAUUUCAACCAACCCCGCCAGCUCCGGCUCCUCAUAUUUAUCCAUGGGCAACACAUCAAUUAUGUGCACCGUUCACGGCCCGGCCGAGGGUCGGCGCGGAGACGGAGGCGCAGCGGGAAGUGGCCAUGCCGUUGUUGAGGUCGAUGUCAAUGUUGCCGGUUUUGCGGGCGUGGAUCGCAAGCGCAGAGCUGGUGGAAGUGACAGACAAUCAUCCCGUAUUGCUACAACCCUCCGCUCAACCUUCCAAUCGCACCUCCACACCUACCUCUACCCCCACAGCACAAUCAGCAUCCACGUAUCCGUCCUCUCGGCCGAUGGUUCGCUCCUCGCGGCUGCUAUCAACGCUUGUACCCUCGCUUUAGUGGACGCCGGUAUUCCCAUGCCGGGCCUCUUAACCGGUUGCACGGCUGGUAUGAGUGGUAGUGCAUCUACGCCUCGGGAUCCGCGCCACGACGAGCUCGAUCCUUUGCUUGACUUGUCAUUGCCGGAAGAGCAAGAGCUGCCUUUCCUUACGGUCGGCACGACAACCGUUGUGCCUGUUGGUGAGAAUCAUAUGGACGAUGAAGAGGUUAUGAAGGUUUCUGUGUUCGCGAUGGAGUCGAAGGUUCAUUCUACUUAUCUUGAGACUAUGACUGCUGUUGGUAUUGAUGGUUGCUCUCAGAUUCGGGAGCUGUUGGAGGGUGUUAUCAAAGGUUCUAAUCGGUGA